AUGGCGAGCUCCUACCUCUUCGCCGGCACCGCCGGGCCCUCCCUCCCAGAUGCAGCUGCUGCCGGGGCCGCCGCUUCGGCGGCCGCCGUUCGUGCGGUUCUGCGGACCCGGCUCCCCUUCGCCCCCUGCCCCUCUCCUCUGCCUGCCUGCCUCGCUCCAGUAUCUCAGGAAUCACUUCAUACUCGUCUCACGCGUCUGCCCAGCGUGCGACCAACCCCCUCCGCCGCUGCCGCCGAUUCCGCGGAUUCGGCAGCCUCCUCUCGGCAGCCCCAGCCAUUCUCUGUUCUCUUCGUCUGUCUCGGUAAUCUUCCUCCUAUUUCUCUCUCUCUCUCCCUCUCUUCUUGCCCUUUCUGGAAUCCUUCAUUUCUUCUUAACGUGAUCUAGGGAAUAUCUGCCGCAGCCCGGCGGCAGAGGGCGUUUUCAGCAGCCUGGUGACCAAUAAGGGGCUGGACGCCCAUUUCAAGAUAGACUCCGCCGGCACCAUCGGCUAUCACGAGGUCUUCCGUCAUCCUCUUCUUCGUGGUGGAGUUCCCCCUGGGAAUCUGGGGUAGUGACAGCAUUUUCAUUGUGUGAUUCCUUUCUUCUGUGUUCGUGUUGGAAGGGCGAUCUGGCCGACCCGCGGAUGAGGGCGGCAUCGAAGAAACGGGGGAUCGAGAUAACGUCCAUAUCAAGGCCCAUUCGGCCAUCAGACUUCAAGGACUUUGAUCUGAUUCUGGCCAUGGACUUGCAGAAUAAAGGUGCUCAAAACCUUGAACUUUUUGGACACCCAGAUAAAGGAACGGCAGCCGACGGUUCCUGUGAAAAUCGUCAACACGCUGCUGCUAAUCUGCAUUCCUUCUUCCGUUCUGUGAACUGUCGAAUAAAGCUCCUUCAACCAUGCUCUCAGGUCUUGAACUCGUUAGAACUCCUGAUCCCAGGUAGAACGAGCUCUAUGGUUUCAAGCCUCGGUUAAACCACGCAUUCCCCGUAGAAAUCUGUGUGAACGACAGCAGGCGGGUCAUCUAUUUCCUCGAAGUCCUUCCUGAUUUCAGGGUUCUGUCGCCAAUAAUCCUUCGGUUAUCGGCUGAUACAUUGGUUACCCCUGUAAAUUAUCCUCUGAAAUGACCUGUAAAUAAGAAGUGGGCAAUUUUGGGCCCCUGAUUUCCCCUGGGAGGAAUCAUUCUUUUCUAUGCUUUCCUCUCCAAGCCACUGUGGCCUGUCAUCUCCAAGCCGCUGUCUAUCACUUCAUGAAUUAAAUCAGUAUUAUGCUGUAAGCGAGAAAAGUGGAAUCCUGAGCCGUUGGAUUCAUCUGGGGAUGCUCUCUUCUUUCUUCUUUCUUCUCCGCGUCUUCCCUCUUUUUCUGCCGUUCUGACUUUGAUCUUGCGACUGCCAGAUGAUAUAUUGGCCAAGUACGAGCUAUGGAGCUUCAAGGAACCACUCCCAGCGGAUGCCCAGAGAAAGGUUGGUGAACAAAUUUCUCAAAUGUUUUUGCAUCUUUGAUGCACUUUCCUGGGUUGGCAUCCUUUUUGUUCGAAUUUUUUUGGUUCAUGAACUCUGUGGCUUCUCCAUUGAAAUCUAUGGAGUCUGAUAGGAUCCCUUGACUGGGGCCAAAAUCGAGGUAGAAACAAGAGGGAAAACCCUCAAAAGAGAUGAAGAAACAUCAUUAAUAUAUAUACACAUAUUUAUAUGCAUGUAUUAUAUAUAUAGAGAGAGAGAGAGUAGGGUUUCUGGAGAAGGACUAGAACCAGUUUGAGGACGAGUUCGAGACUGCCAUCAGCUCUCCCGGAUGACUUCUUCCACCAAAAUGCCCACAUUGAGGGCCCCAAAGGGUCCUUAUACCCUACCCCUUUAAUGGUCCCUGGCCCAACUAUAUCUUAACCUUCCUUUUCCGAACAGUGGUAAUGGUAUUGGGCCGACACAAACCAUUUAUUCUGACUCUUUUCAAAUUCAAUAAAUUUUGGUUGAUCAUAUAUCUCACUAUAGUUUUAUGAUUCAGAGUACCAUUUCCUAUUUGAUCCUUUGAAUUCCAUAUUCGUAGUUUGUUAUUCUCCUAUUUUUGAAAUAACGGACUUACAGGGUCAGCUGCUUAACUACAGGGAAAGGCGAAAAAUCGAAAUGAAAUAAUGAAUAAAACAAAAUAAAAUAAAUUUUAAAUCAAUAAGUAAAUAAAUAAGUAUAAGUAGAAGAAUCCAGAUCCCAAAUGAACAUAUUCAAACUUGAAAAGGAUCUUUCUUAUUUUCAAAGAAUGAUGAACAAGGGGAUUGAACAAGGAAGAUCUCUUGUUCUUAUUGUGAAAUUAUGAUUUCAUCCGCAUAUGUUUUGUAAAUAAUCUUCUCCUUUGAUCACAAUCAAAAAUGAAAACGUGACUGAAUUGAUGUUAGUUACUCUUCAGGAAUAAGAAAGAUCCUUUGCUUAUUCUCGAAGAGUAACAAGAGGGAAAACCUUCAGAAGAGAUGACAAGGUCGCCUAGGUGGGUCUGACUUGGAUAGAAUGGUAGAAGAAUUAUAUCUCAAUCUCUAAUAGGAUCACAGAAGACGAUCUGAUUACCAAAUGGGCCACGUCAGUGACGAUCUGAGGGUCUCUCUUCUCUUAAAUUGCCCAUGUGGGACCCACAAAAAAUCGCAGGAAGCUGGAAAAAAAAAAGAGAAUGGGUAGAAUACAUUAAAUCAGAAAACCAGGUGUCGCUGUUCUGGGACAAGGUUGACUACCGGAGUUGCUAAAUUAUGGCCGGGUAGUCACUGACCUGUUCUCAUCUUUUGCUGUUGUUCUGAACAGGUUAAGCUGAUCUGCUCCUACUGCACGAAACAUAGGGAGACAGAAGUGCCGGAUCCAUACUAUGGUGGCCCGCAAGGGUUCGAGAAGGUGAGAUCUCUGCAUGCGUAUGCUUCACUUGAGAGAAAUUCACCACCUUUUUGGGGGAUCCUGUUCAACUGAUGUGUGCUGGGUUCCCCGACUUCUCAAUAUUUGGACUUUAUCAAGCAACUCAGAUACGGGUGGCCAUCAGAUAUGUAUUCCCUCGGAAUAGAUGUAGUGAAACAUCAUCAAAACUAGUGGGGUAUCAAUAGGCUCGUUUGGGCAUCAGAUCAGACUCUUGCACUGGGAAAAGCUCAUGAAAUCUAGUCUGAAUUUAUUUUGUGUUUCUUUCUCUGCGUGUGGGGUAGGAGGCGUGUUAGAGAGAGAGCGAGAGAGAGAAACAUUGGUCUUGUGUUUUCUGGCUGGAUGUGAUCAAAGCCAGGUAGUGGCCAUGAUUUUGUUUAUUUGACAAGACUUUUGAUUGCACCAACUUAAUACUGUGGAUUUUGCACAGGUUCUUGAUUUACUUGAAGAUGCUUGUGAUUCAUUACUCGACAGCAUCUUGACGCAAAGUGGCCACAUAUCCAGUUCAUAG